CGCGAGCUCAUCGCAAGUAUAAAGUGGAUCCCGGGAUUCUGUCCACCACUCACUCAGUCGCACCGACUCGUUCACCAGAGCUGAACUUCAGCGGAGAUAGCAGGCAGUUUCUCGCAACUCAGGCUAACUCGCUUUCGGCUUUGGUUCGAGAUGGAGACCCACUCGACUGCGCGGUGCCCUCGGAGGUCCUUCAGCCACAACUUCAAGAGUGGACUCAACUUGUGGCUGGUGCUGUGGUUGGUGGUGGUGAAGCCGGGCGGAGCAGGGGCUUGUCCGAGGCUGUGUGUGUGUUACACCACACCCAUGACGGUCAGCUGCCAGUCCCAAAACUACACCAGCGUGCCCGUGGGCGUGCCCUACGACUCCCAGCGCGUCUUCCUGCAGAAAAACCGCAUCACGGAGCUCCGUGCUGACUCUUUCGGCUUCGAGACUCAGGUCCUGUGGCUCUACUCCAACAACAUCACAUGGAUCGAGGCUGGAGCCUUCAGUAACCUGCGCGUUCUAGAAGAGCUGGACCUGGGAGACAAUCCGUUGCUCCAGCGGCUGGAGGGCGGGGCCUUCCGGGGUCUGGAGAAGCUGCAGAGCUUGUUCAUGCACCGCUGCAAGCUGGCCACUCUCCCUCACGACCUCUUCCACAAACUCUACAGCCUGCAGUUCCUCUACCUGCAGGAGAACCAGCUCCACUUCCUCCAGGACGACCUGUUCUCCGACCUGGUGAACCUCACCCACCUCUUCCUGCACGGGAACCGGAUCCGCACUCUGUCCGAGAACGUGUUCCGCGGCCUGGUCAACCUGGACCGCCUCCUGCUCCACAACAACCGCAUCCGACAGGUGAACCGCCGGGCGUUCCGUGACCUCGGCCGCCUGACCAUCCUCUACCUGUUCAACAACUCCCUGUCCGAGCUGCCGGGCCAGGCCAUGAAGGACGCCAAGUCGGUCCAGUUCCUCCGCCUCAACGGCAACCCCUGGUCGUGCGGCUGCGAGGCGCGCCCCCUGUGGGAGUGGUUCCGUGAGGCCCGCAUCUCCUCCUCCGAGCUGAUGUGCUCCUCCCCCUCGCCCCGCCGCGGCACCGACCUGCGCUUCCUGCGCGAGAUGGACUUCGCCCCCUGCCCCCUGCCCGACCCGGGAUCUCUGGCCGGCUCCACCACCACCACCUUCAGCACCAAGACCCGCUGGUGGUUCUCCAAGCACAAGCCCAUGGCGUCCUCCAAGGGCAUCUUCCAGAAGAGCUCGGAGACGGUCAAGGCCUUCCCCUUCUCCUCCGUCAAGCCCCACCACCCCUCCAACCCGUCCUCCACCUCCUUCUCCUCCUCCAAGUACGAGCUGACCGAGGAGGAGGUGGCCCUGCCCACGCUCGACGAGGAGGAGUACUGGGCCAACUACGGCAACGAGGACGCCUCCAUCCGCUGCUUCGAGCUCGAGUGCGAAAACCCCGACCUGCCCUCCUCCUCCUCCCCGACUCCGUCACUCCUCUCUCUCUUCUCCCUGGCGGUACUGACUCUCUCCCUUCACCUCCUCUUCGGCUGAAACCCCCCACCACUACCACGUCAGGCGCCGUUUUCUCCACCUGUUUCCUUCCCACCUCUUUCUCCUUUACUCACCUGGAUCUUGAAUCCUUUCAGUUCCUCCCCCUGAACCCUAGGGGGUGCUCUACACUGAUGCAGGAGACAGGCAGGCGGUAGGGAGUUGCCCUAGAGGGGCGUAGCUGAGGUGCAGUAUAAGAAGAGAUGGCUUUUGAUUGGUAGACCACGCUGCUGAUACAAGCUCAUUAGAGUAGCAGGUUGUAGUGCCAUGACGAUGCUGAUGAUGAAGUGUUAUGGGGCACAAGGCACCUCAGCCAAGCUCAGACACGCUACGCACACAGACACACAAACAUUACGCACAACUCACAACCCACACUCAAACACACUUUAUCCUGUACACAGCUCUCUGUAAACGUGUGAGGUUUUAGGAAUUCAAGCACCACAGCAUGUACCGGCAGCAAACAACGCAGGCGUUGGGAUUUUUUGUCUCCAGCUAUUUUGUACGGCGCCCAGCGCCCACAGGCAUCCAUCACAAACACUGCUUGCUGCUCUGCCAGGAAAAGACCUACAAGAUUUGACAGCCCUUUUCUGUCUCGGUCUGAUGACAUCACUCUGCUCACUGUCGCCGACUUUUCGCCCUGUUCUUUUUAACCUUAGAGACCUCGAUUGCUAGGGCAACAAUCCGACCACACGAUCAGAGGAGGAGAAAGAGAAGAAGUCAGGAUGUCGGAAUACAGAUUAUGAACCAAUCAGGGACUGUUUUAGAUUAAUAUAAAAAUCUAAAGUACAGAUAGAAGGUCAGCGUUGAUGAAAGUCAAAGAUAAAAAAGUACAAAGUGAGAUCAUUUGAAAUAAAUAGAGAGAGCUACAAAAAGCGAGAGAGAGGUUUCGGAAGAAAUCCUGACAGCUUAGGUCAGGGCAGGGUGCCAUGAAAAAUGUGGUCUCUUUUCCAAACUGCUGAGAUUAAAUCUUGUUAUUCCUGCACACGCCUGUGAUAGCUAUCACACUGUACAUAUUUUGCACUGUACAUAGCCAUACACUCGUGACAUAUGGUACAUACAUGACACUGCUGUGUAGUUUAGUGUAUGAAGCCCAUGCUUCAAACUUUUUAAAGGUUCGUUCUGGAUCUUUUCUUUAGGGAUUUUUGCCAUGGCAAGGGUCUCUGCAGUAUGCUGCUCUGCAGUAUGCUGAUUCACAUUCAGAUUCAAAAAGUGGUACAGUAUGGAAACCUGUAGUCCUUCUGUCUAUCCCUUCCUCCCCCCCCCCCCCCCCCCACACACACACCUUUUACACACCACACACGCACGGACAUAUUUGUUUUAGAGUGUUGACAGAGUUUGUGUAAAACUGUCUUGAGAGUGACAUUUUAGAUUUUUGUGAGUCUGAAGAGGGAGUACUGAUGAUUCACACUCUUUACGCACACACGCACACACCCAUACAUGUGCUAUGUAUAACAUUUUGCUAACAAGCUGUCACCCUUCUAAAUUAUAUGAUAACAAGCUUGAAUUCUUCAUUAGCCCCGUUGGCAUGUGGCCAUACUAAUGUCUGGCGGAAAGAUAACAAUGUAAUCUUUCACUCCAUGAAUGAUUGAAUGAUGAACUGAUUCACACCAAACCUCACCGAGUGAUUGCAGGCAUGUUGGGUAAUGAUGCUGUUUGUGACUCCUUCCACCCCUUUGACUGGAACCAGAAAGAAAACUGUGAACUGUUUCAUCUUUUAUUUUCAAUGGAAGCUGUGAAUAAACAUUUGUACUACAAAAACAAAAAGGUCUCUUUGGAUUUC